GUGAAGUCAUAUAUAAAAGCCCGCUUCUUCAGGGAAGACCGUGGCAGUGUACAGGUGCAACAGCAGGUUUGAAAAAUGCAAACUUUGGUAGCAUUUUGCGUUCUCCUCCCGCUCCUCUGUUGUGUCCACGCGGAUGUCGUGGAACGUUUUGAGGAUGAACCAGAAUGUUUGAAAUACUUUUACAAAGACAAAGUUCCCGGUUUGGGGGCGUCUACAUCUGGUGCUGCCCGUCUCUGUCAUCGCUUUGUUAACAGGUACCACUUUGCCACGCUGUACGACACCAACAAUCGCAUUGCUGUCUACUCUGCCUAUCAAUUCGAGCCGAGCAACGGAGGUGGCAGAGAGAAAAGGUGGUUUGUGGAACCUCAGCUGGUCGACAUGUCUUGGCAAGCGGAGAUGAAGGAUGGCUACUGGCUGGGGAAAGACUACCCUGGAGUCUACCUGGGAGAGAAACAAGCUCUGAAUGAGGACUACACAUACUCUGGUUUUGACCGUGGUCACCUCAAUCCCAACGGACACCAUCCAGUCCCUAGUCGCAAUGCCACAUUCACCCUGACCAAUGUGGUUCCUCAGAACCCAACGCUGAAUCAGAACGCCUGGAGGAUCCACGAGUCCGAUCUCACCACACUUUUCCUGAACAAGUGCUCCAAGGCCUUUGUGCUGGUUGGUGCCGUUCCCUCUCUAGAUAACUGGAUUAUCAAAAACAACGUGAAGCGUGUCAACAUCCCAGACUACCUGUGGAACGCCUACUGCUGUGUCGACAACAACGACAAACCCAUUGACAGCGGCGCUGCCACUGCAAGGAACACGGAGGAGAACUGGGUGGACAAGAUUACUGUGGACCAGCUGGGAGAGUUCCUGCAGCAGUUCUCCAAUGAACCAAUUGGGGAGCUUUUCUACAACAACUGCAGAGCAUGAAAGAUCACCAGAAAAUGAUUGGAUUUUGUGCUUAAGCUGAACGUACACCAAAAGCUAUGCUAAAUAGUUACCAACAGCUAUGUUGAACAUGGUUUGUGUUACCAUUUAACAGCUUUAAGACAAAUGAAAUCAUUGCUCUUGAUAAACAACAAAUGAAUAAAAAUUUAACAGCAGA